GUACGGAGUUCGCCUCAGUGGUGGCACCAACAGCUAAUCUCUCUCUCCAAAGAAAAAAAAGAAUCAAGGCCGGCAAAAUGUCAGCAAUGCGUACGCUCCUCUCGCUGCUGGACGGCACGGUGUACGUCCUCCUCGCCCUCACCACCGUCGCGCUCGUCGUCGUCGCCGUAGCCCUCAGUCGCAAUAUGUACCGUGAUGCCCUGCGCACUCAGGCCCGCUCGAAUCUUCGCCGUGAGGACACCCUCACAAACGAGCAACAGGGCUUUCUCAAGUCUAUGCAGGCCGAAGAAAACGUGGAGGAGGUGCUGCGCAAGGCGGGGUGGAGCGAAGUCUUUCUGCGCCGACGCGUGGCGGUCGCGCGCGUCGGCCACAACCGCGAGAUCGACGUCGUCGCUGUGGGGCCCAUCAUCCUGGUGGUUGAAGUGAAGAACUGGCAGGGAUACGUGUGGAGCCACGGCUCGAGCUGGUAUCAGUGCCGGAACCGCAAAACGAUGGACACGCUGCAGUUUGAGGAUGUGCAGGAGGACAACGUGGAGAAGGCAGCGGCACUGCGGCGCUACAUCGAGAACGCACGCCGUGUGGAGCUUCCCGAUUCGAGUGUUGUGCAGACCGAUGCUGUGAUAUUUGGACACGACAAGAGCAAACAAAACGGUCGAGGAACGUGGUACUCCGACAAGGCGAUCCACAAGGUCUGUGGCAAGUGUGUGGUGCCCGUUGUCGUCUUUACAAACCCGCGCGUGAAGCUGGACCCUGCUACGGUGAAGGCGAAGAAGUACGUGUUUACUCUCGAUACGUUUGGCGCCUUUGCGCAGCAAGUCCUGCACGGCAACAUCGACCUUGACGCACUCAACGACGUGGUCACGCCGUCCUCGUGGUGGUCGUGGGCUCCUCUUGUGCGAGCGCACACCCGUGCCCCGCGCGCCGCGCCGGCGGGGACAGCCGGUUCUUUUUUUCUCACGGAGGAUCAACAGUGCCAGGUGGCAACGGUGGUGGACGUGAUGCGCACGUGGGACGUCAUCUACUUCCUGGAUAGCCGCAUGGUAACAGGUGACCUGCAGAGCAUUGACGUACCGAGUGCCUUCUGUUCGUACGAACGCAAACACCUCCUCGACAUAAACGUUCGCUGGAACCGCGGUGUUUGGGGUCUUGUGAAGACCUUCCUGACGAACAAGGCGGGCACGGUGGAGCUGGUGCUCGCGACGGCGAAGCGGCUGGCAAAGAAAAGGAAUGAGAGGAAGCCGCGCAACGCGCAGGGGAACAUCGUGUUUCCGAUGGUGCCAAAGAAAAAGAAGGGGAAUGACACGAUUGUGAUGAAGAUGGCCGGCACCACGGAGCUGAAAACGAUCCUGUUGUGCGACGUGGACCGCAUUUUCCUCAGCCAUCACCUCUACGAAAACGAGAAACAGCUGGCGUAA